CCUAAAAGACGUUUCUGCCUCACGCGGUUUGCUCUAUCCCUAACCAAAUCUCCAUCCGUCGGAUGAUCGCUGCAUCGCCAUCCUCGACUGAGAUUUCGGCUUCCCUCCUCGGUUCUGGUCACAUGCAGACAAGCUAUGGCUAUCUCUGCGAUUCGAUUCAGUUCCACCAUGAGGGUGUUCUUCUCUUCGUUGUUUCUGUUCCUUUCUCCCCAGGGUUGUUCUGUCUCUCUCUGUCGAGGAUGCCUCAGUCUCCAUGUCGACUUCUCGGUUUUGGAUAGCAGAUGUUGUCACCGCGGUUCAAGAGGUAUAUGUGGGCUAUGGUUCCAUUCGCCCCUGUUCAAUCUGUUUCUCGAUUCCUUCUCCAGUUUGAAUUUCUUUAUUGUGUUAAUUGUUGCUGUUUUCUGGAUCUAUCAUUUAAUUUUUAGUUGUUUGGUUUCUGGUUUAAUCAUGCUGAUUGUUAAUUGUUUUUCUAAAUCAAUGGUUCUCUCCUAUGUUUGUGCUGUUGGUGUUUCUGUGAAAUAAUUUACUUCUUGGGGGGGGGGUUUGCUCAUUAUAAAUUAUAUAAUUUCCUUUUUACUGUUGGACUGAAGCUAACUGUAGUGUUUGGUAUAGUUGACUGAUGAAAUUCUCUUUUUGCUUUACUAUGAAUUGUCAAAUCAAGUAUAUGUGGUAGGUAUUUGGUAAUUUGCAACAGCCCUCUUCCCAUAUUGUUUUUGCUCUUUUCCCAUGAGUAUUUGGUAACUUGUGAUAUCUUCCUAAAUGAUGUGUGUGACCAUAUCAAUCUAUAUAUUCCUAUUAGGCUAUCUCUGUCCUAUAUGUGAAGCUUACAUUGUAAUCUUGAGUGUUUGUUAAAUUUGGGAGUUUAUAACCCCAACUCCUUUGUUUAUCUCCUCAUCUUAGUUCUGAGUUCUUUUGUUUAUAUUUUCUACUUUUGGUGUUCUUAUCUUUCAUAUUUUGGGAAUGAAUGACCGUGUUGAUCUGGUGGACAAAAUCACUCCGUGGAGAAAAUCAUGGAAAGUGCAUGUUAAAGUUGUCAAGUUGUGGUACCACAAGAAUCCUGCUUUCGAUUCUUCUCAAAAUCUGUUGCAUAUGGUCUUAAUGGAUAAGAAGUUACACAAGAUCCAGGCCACCAUUAGAGAUCAGCUAAUAUCAAAAUUUUCCUUGUCUCUAAAUGAAGGAAUUGUGUACUUGAUGACCAAUUUUACAGUUGUACCCAACACUGGUUUGAACAGGGUGACAAAACAUCGGUUCAGACUUUUGUUCCAAUACAACACAUCUGUUGUUUCUGUGGUAUCUCCAAGGAUACCUCAUUCGGGUCUGUGUUUUGCAUCAUUAGAUGAAAUUGAUCAAAUGACAAAGGACCACAAUUUCCUGAUUGACUUUGUUGGGAUUAUUACUGGUGUUCGAAAAGAAAGAGAUGUGGCAUCAUAUGGGAAGUUGGUGAAAGCAGUGGUGCUAGAAGUCUUUGCUGAUGGCAAAAGGGUACAAUGCAAUGUGUUUGGAAAUGCUUGUGAUUUGUUAGAAUAUGAUAAGUUACAAAAAUAUGGAAGAUCUCCCCUAGUUGUCCUCGAGUCUUUUAAAAUCAAAGCCAUUAAAGGUGGGGUAAUCCUACAGAAUGUGAUAGAUGUCUCUAGGUUAUUCAUUAAUCCUGACAUUCCUGAGGCCGUUGAGUUCCUAAGCAGAUUUAGUGUAGCCAGUUAUGGAUUCUCAAGCCUUGUGACCAAUGACCUUGGAUACUUAGUUUCUAAAGUUGAUGGUGAUUAUUUCAAUUCCAAAGAGAUCAGUAAUAUUCAAGAUCUUCAUUCAGAUAAUGGGGAUUCUCAUUACUUUGUUAUUGGGACAAUUAAGGAAGUCAUGGAUGAACCAGAUUGGUGGUACUAUACAUGUGUGUGUGGUCAAGCUGUUGUUGAGCAUGAGGAUCUCUACCUUUGUGAUGCUUGUGGUUCAUGUGUUGAGAAUGUUAUGGUCAAAUAUGGGAUUCGGGUAAAGAUUCAGGAUGCUAGCUGUACUGUUUUGUUUCUUUUGCUUGAUAAUGCGGCAACAAAACUAUUUGGAAGAACCUGUUCUGAAGCAUUUCUUAGCAUAGAAGAUGAAUUUCCAGUUGAUCCUAGUGUGCUUGCAGUCUGUCGGUCAUAUUCUCCACAAAUGUUUGAUCAUGUUGUUGGAGAGGAGAAAGGUUUCAAGGUUGAAAUUGAUUCUACAGUUGAUCCAGAUUACUCCAGUUGCUUUAAAAUUGUGAAUGCCUUUAGUCAUAAUCAAGAACCAGUUGCAGUUGAUGAUUAUAUCAAUGCAAUGCUUCAUGGUCCCAUUUUUCCACCAAUCUAUGAUAGCUACUUGCAGUAUGCAACUGGCGAAGAUUACAAGACUCAAGUAGUUUGUGAUAAUGCUAUUCAAUCAGAAACUAUUGAAGGGUGGUUUUGUUUUUAUUCUGGGAACUAUAUCAUCUGUGUUGAAGAAUCAUAAGUGGUGGUUCUCAACUUGUUUAUGUGGUUCUCUUGUGUCAACUAAUAAAAAUAUUUUAUCAUGUGAUCUAUGUCAGCUUCAAUGCAUUGAUGCUGUCCGAAGAAGGUUCUGCUUGAAGGUUGUAGUGUCUCAUUCAAAUGGGAACAAUAUUUUUAUUCUUAAAGACCGUGAAGUCGUCCAAAUAAUAAAGACAAGAUGCUCGAGCUUUUUGGAUAAUCACCCAGAGUUGAGUCAGGGAUCUUAUUGCAAAGUUGUUCCAUUGAAACUCAUUUCAAGUCUUUUGCACAAAAAAAUUGUGUUCAUGGUUGAUGCUAGGCCUGUGGGUUAUGAGAUGAAUCGUUCUGUGUAUAUUGUUCAACAAAUCUAGGAUGAUGCCUCUGUUAUUAAUGUUUUUGAGGCUGCUGCUGAGAUGAAUGACCAUAAGAUUCAUGUUCUGGUUGAUUCUAUACCUGAAGUUGAGGAUGCUUUCAGCCAAUGUGGAAGUGAUCAUGAGGCCGUGGAGGAUCUGCAUGCUUUUUAGUUUAAUGUGUUGACAUACUACUUUAAAUUGUUGUUUGAUUUCUGGUAUUUAGUGUCUGUUGAAUUCUAAUAUGGAUAUAAUUGUGAUAGUUAUGUAUUUAAUGAAAGUACUUUUUAAUUACAAGAAAAG